UCAAAACGACUGUUGUCUCUUCCUGUUCACAGAGUGAGUCGGUGAAAUACUUCCUGGAUAACCUGGACCGGAUUGGCCAGCCGAACUAUAUCCCUAGUCGGCAGGACAUUCUGUUUGCACGGAAGGCAACUAAAGGAAUCGUAGAACACGACUUUAUCAUAAAGAAGAUUCCGUUUAAGAUGGUUGAUGUGGGGGGUCAGAGGUCACAGAGACAGAAAUGGUUUCAGUGCUUCGACGGAAUCACAUCUAUACUGUUCAUGGUGUCAUCAUCAGAGUACGACCAGGUUCUGAUGGAGGACCGGAGGACCAAUCGGCUGGUAGAGAGCAUGAACAUCUUUGAGACGAUCGUGAACAACAAGCUCUUCCUCAACGUGUCCAUCAUCCUCUUCCUCAACAAGACUGACCUGCUGGUGGAGAAGCUAGGCCAGUCUGACAUCACUAAACACUUCCCAGAAUACAGGGGAGACCCUCGCAGGCUGGAGGAUGUACAGGCGUUCCUGGUGCAAUCGUUCAGUCGUAAGCGGCGUAACCGUGGGAAACCUCUGUUUCAUCACUUUACCACGGCGAUCGACACGGAGAACAUCCGCUUUGUGUUCCACGCUGUUAAAGACACCAUACUGCAAGAGAACCUCAAAGACAUCAUGCUGCAGUGAUACACACAUUAUACACACACACACAUUAUACACACACACACACACACAUUAUAUACACACACACAGACACACAUUAUAUACACACACACAUACACACAUUAUAUACACACACACACAUUAUAUACACACACACACACACACAUAGAUUCUAGACACACACACACACAUUAUAUACAUACACACACACACACUAACAUUAUAUAUACACACAUUAUACAGGUAUUAUAUAGAGCCCCCCUCCCCUGUGUUUGUAGAUUAUAGAACCACUAGAAGGGAGGGUUUCCCUUCUGAACAGCAGUCCAUGGUGGAUGGACCAGACCAGCUGCCAUUUUGGUCUUCUGUGGACCCUUGAUGGACUGGAUGUUAGAGUCACCUGCUCCGGAAGUUCUGCAGUUGUUUCAUGCCGUCGGCCAUUUUACAUCAACUAGAUGGAAUUUGCCGCCAUUUUGACAGUUCUUGUGGAUUUUUAGAACUAUAUCCGUUCUAGAAUUGAUCUGUUCUAGAAUUGAUCUGUUCUAGAAUGUAUAUUUCUAUGACCUGAGUAACCACUGCACUGAGAAGCAGACAGACAGUCCUCCUGAACUCUGACCUGUGGAAUAGUCAAUAGGUCAAUACAGGGUCAUUAUCUGUGGAACCCUGAGAGGUGAAAGGUCAAAGAGGCCUAACCUGUGACCCUGGGGAUCGUAGUGGAUUAUGGGAACUGCAGUCUCAGGACGAGGAAGACUCUUAAUGACAUCACUGAUAUGAUGACAUUGCGGAUGACAUUAUCACAGCAGGAGACCAAUCAUAGGACUGAGAACUCGUCUAACAUCCUGCUUGUCUCCAACUUCUUCUUCUUCAGCCCUUCCUUCUGAUUCUGUUACAUCAGAGAUAGACAGAGACACUAAAUAGAGGAGUAAGAGUUGGUAGAAAGACAGAGACAGAGAGACUAAAUGGAGGAGGAAGAGUUGGUAGAGAGAGAGACAGAGAGAGAGAGAGAGAGAGAGAGAGAGAGAGAGAGAGAGAGACAGAGAGAGACUAAAUAGAGGAGGAAGAGUUGGUUGAGAGAGAGAGAGAGACAGAGAGAGACAGAGAGCGAGAGAGUGAGAGAGAGAGAGAGAGACAAAAUAGAGGAGGAAGAGUUGGUAGAGAGAGAGACAGACAGACAGACAGACAGACAGACAGACAGACAGACUAAAUAGAGGAGGAAGAGUUGGUAGAGAGAGAGAGACAGAGAGAGAAAGAGAGAGAUCAGUCCAGUCAUAUGUUAUGUGAUCAUCAUCGUGUUGCACAAGUGUUCCUCUUGGUGAACUUAAAGUGAGUUUGUCUCUCUCUCUCUACUCCCCUCCCCUCUCCCUCCUCCUAUCACAUGUUGACAAUAUCAGUACAUCAUAUUCAGGACAGAAACUCUUAAUGUGAGUUUGUCUCUCUCUCUCUACUCCCCUCCCCCUCUCCCUCAUCCUAUCACAUGUUGACGAUAUCAGUACAUCAUAUUAAGGACAGAAACUCUUAAAGUGAGUUUGUCUCUCUCUCUCUACUCCACUCCCCCUCUCCCUCAUCCUAUCACAUGUUGACGAUAUCAGUACAUCAUAUUCAGGACAGAAACUCUUAAUGUGAGUUUGUCUCUCUCUCUCUAUUCUGUCUCUGUAACCACUGCCCCCCCCACACACACACAAAGGAGUGAUUGUACCCCUGUCUCCCCCUCUCUCCUUCUCUGUUGUGGCUGGAAAGAUGAAUUAGUGACUCUGAGGGUAAAGAAACCCCCUACCCUUACACCAGAACAUCUAGUCUAACUAGUUACCAACACUACCUUAUAACCACUGUCCCUCUCUCUGCCUCCUCUCCUCCCUCUCCAGACACUGUUCCUCUCUGCCUCCUCUCCUCCCUCUCCAGACACUGUCCCUCUCUCUGCCUCCUCUCCUCCCUCUCCAGACACUGUCCCUCUCUCUGCCUCCUCUCCAGACACUGUCCCUCUCUCUGCCUCCUCUCCUCCCUCUCCAGACACUGUCCCUCUCUCUGCCUCCUCUCCUCCCUCUCCAGACACUGUCCCUCUCUCUGCCUCCUCUCCUCCCUCUCCAGACACUGUCCCUCUCUCUGCCUCCUCUCCUCCCUCUCCAGACACUGUCCCUCUCUCUGCCUCCUCUCCAGACACUGUCCCUCUCUCUGCCUCCUCUCCUCCCUCUCCAGACACUGUCCCUCUCUGCCUCCUCUCCUCCCUCUCCAGACACUGUCCCUCUCUCUGCCUCCUCUCCUCCCUCUCCAGACACUGUCCCUCUCUCUGCCUCCUCUCCUCCCUCUCCAGACACUGUUCCUCUCUGCCUCCUCUCCUCCCUCUCCAGACACUGUCCCUCUCUCUGCCUCCUCUCCUCCCUCUCCAGACACUGUUCCUUCUGUUUAUGUGAGUGUGUCUAUAGCCUACUGUGUGUAUCUGUUCUCUGUGAGUGUGUCUAUAGCCUACUGUGUGUAUCUGUUCUCUGUGAGUGUGUAUAUAGCCUACUGUGUGUAUCUGUUCUCUGUGAGUGUGUCUAUAGCCUACUGUGUGUAUAUGUUCUCUGUGAGUGUGUCUAUAGCCUACUGUGUGUAUCCGUUCUCUGUGAGUAUACUGUAAAACUGUGUCAAAACACACUACUACUAUCACCACUAACCCCAACGUUACCCUGACGUUUGUACAGUUUCAUUGUUGUAUCUUCUCUAACUUGUUGUUGUUGUUGUUGAUUGCACUGGAUGAAAUCUCAUACAGCGAAAUUGAUUGAAAAAAAAACAGAUUGUUCUGGAAAAACAGAAGAGAGGAGGAGGUGUUGUGCACAUGUAUUGUUUGGUCUGUGUUUGUUUUUCUACAGGCUAGCCUUGGUUCUGUUCUGAGCUGUGUUUGUUUAUCUACAGGCUAGCCUUGGUUCUGUUCUGAGCUGUGUUUGUUUUUCUACAGGCUAGCCUUGGUUCUGUUCUGAGCUGUGUUUGUUUAUCUACAGGCUAGCCUGGUUCUGUUCUG